UCGAAAGAAAAGAAUGAACAGCGUAAAAAGUGGUUCAUUGAAUCUUUAUUUUAAUUUUGAUAUUUCCUACACCACUCAAUGGAUACAACUCUGAGUCAAUUCGUGGAUAAGACCGGAUGUGAUCCUUCUUUCGCCAGAGAUCUCCUUGAAGGAAAAGAAUGGAACUUCGACGAAGCGUUGAAAUCGUUUCAAGAAUUUUCUCUGGGAGCAUCAAAUAAAGAAACGAGUCCGCAGCUGAAACAAAAGCUGACCAAACCUCAAAGAGGAAUAUCUGUUGUGAACUCUGAUAUCGUACAAAAGGCAAGAAUUAAAGUACUAACAAGAGAUAGCCAUGUUAAAGAUGGACAAAACGAGGGCAUUGAGGAAAUGGCUCGCUUCACUUUCGUGUUACCAGACAUAUCUUCUUAUCCCAAGGAUUUUGCAGACUUUUUGAGAGAAGACCUGAUUGAAACGUCAGCGUUAGUUGCCCUGGAACAGUCAGGUCACCUCAACUGGUGGUCUGAUAUUGGGAUCUGCCAACGUCUUGUCCCACUUGCCACUGUUGGUGAUGGUAAUUGUCUCUUGCAUGCAGCAUCAUUAGGGAUGUGGGGAUUCCAUGAUCGCCUGCUCACACUACGGAAAGCUCUCUUUAAUACUCUCAUUUGUGAAUCAGCAAGCAGAGCAAUCAAACGGCGCUGGAAAUUGGAACAGUAUCAGAGAAAUAUGGAAGCUGGUGGUUUGGUUUACACUGAUGAUGAGUGGGAAAAAGAAUGGGAAGAAGUUCUACGACUUGCUUCUACUAACAGAAAAAAGCUGAACCAAAAUCCAAAACUAAAUAACCACCAAUCCCUUCCAUCAAUUGACGAGGGAGGUGAAAAGGUACAACCAGUUAGUGUGAAUAAAUCAGGAGAACCAGCCAAAGAACAUUUACCUCAUCCAACACCUCAGCCAUUUACUGAGGAUAAAGAAAAGACUCUGAACAAGUGUGAUGUCGCUGAAUGUACUGAAGUCAAGACUAAAGAAGAUGCAGAGGAUAAAAAGGAAGAGAUAAAACUUCAUGACGAGAAUGAAGAAGAAAGUGAAGGGGCUUUUGAAAGCCUUGAAGAAAUCCAUGUAUUUGUUCUUGCACAUGUUCUACGUCGCCCAAUUAUCAUAAUUGCUGACAAAUACCUAAGAGACUUCAGUGGGGAUCCUAUUGCACCUAUUCCUUUUGGAGGCAUAUUCCUUCCUUGUGAGUGUCCUCCGCAAACAUGUCUCAAAACGCCACUCAUUCUAGCCUUUGAAUCUGCACAUUUUUCUGCAGUAGUUGCCUCCGAAGGAAAAGCCAAACAAGAGAGUGUUGUUGCUGCUAUUCCAGUAGUCAAUCAUGACUAUCAGUUGCUUCCAAUUCACUUUUCUGUGGAUCCUGGUGAAAACUUUGAAUGGUCAACUUUAGAUAAGGAGACUGAGUUGCCAUCAAAGUUGGUAUUAAGUGCUGAAAAGAAACUUGAGUUACUAGGAAAAUAUUUAGACAUAGUUAACAUUAAAAUACCAAACAGUGCUAAGGCAGCAAACCAAGGAAAAGUAGAUGCUCAGCAGCCUCAAAAGGGCUCCCAAACAAAUGAAAAGAAGAAGGAGGCAGUCAAGGAAGGAGAUAAGGGAAUUAAUUCGUGGUUCAACAAGGUUGGAAAUCUUGCUGGAAAAAUCAAAGGAACUUGGGAUUCUAACACUUUGUGUGCUGCCAAGCUGAAGACAGAUCAGAAGCCAGAAUACUAUGAUGAAAUGAUCAAUAAUUAUAUCGAGUCAGCAAAGAAAAGGUUUGAAGAAAGAAAGAAAACUCAUGAAGCCAAGAAGUCUGAGCAAGGAAGCAGUCAGUCUGGCUCUUAUCAAUGUCCCACACCAGGGUGUCAGUUGUAUGGUAGAGCUGAUACUAACUAUCUAUGCUCUGGGUGUUACAGAACUCAGAAAAGUGCUUCAGAAGCUGCGCUUUACAAAAAGUCUUCAGGUAAUGAAGCCCAAGGUGAAGGGAAAUCAACCUUCAAGUCCUAUCUUCCUCCAAUAUCAACAUACCUUGAUUAUCCCAACUCUAUUAAUAACUAUUCUAAAGAAGUGACGUCAACUAGAAACACUCCUUUAAGUACUCCUAAAGGAACGCCAGCACCACCCUCUUAUGCACAAGCAUGUCAAAGUAAUGCAAAAGCUGGUAGUAGCAGGUGCUUGAGUGAAGGGUGUAGUUUUUGUGGGAGGCCAGAUCAAAAAGGGUUUUGUUCUUCAUGUUUUAAAAAGAAGGCACUCUGAGAAAUACUUUGUUCAUGAGCCUCACUCACUUUCUACAGAUGGGGAUGAAAAUACACAGCCAGCAUUAGACAGACAAGGUGCAUUAUGGUCUAGCUUGGGUAGACAGAACACAAACUUAACAAGCUUCCUAACCAAUGAAAAAGCACUGCAUAGACAAAUAAAUUGUCAUAAAAUUCAGCGAAUUGCUUAGUAGCAAGCCUUUGAUAAUAAUGGUUUUAAAUCAGAAAAUUUUGGACUUUUGCAGUCCAAAAAAAUUCUUGGCAUUUAGUAUUUAUGGAUUCAUACAUGAUGUAAAUGUGAUACGAGAAAAAGAUUUAAAAUAAUUUAUAUAGAAAGUAGAAUUUUAACAAGUGAAGAUUGUAUAGAUUUGUUUGAUCUUUACAUCUAAUGUAGCAUUUAUCAAAAUGACAAAGCUUUGUAUGAUUUAUAUAUUUUCUCUUUGUAAAUAAUUUAAUUGAAAAAAAGUACCUCUGAUUUUUGAAUGAACGGCAUGCCAAAAUGUGUUACAAAUGUUUAAAAAUUGAAGACCUUUUUGAAAACAUAAGUAUGUGGACUGUAUACUUUUUGCUUCAUUGUUUUGCGGGUGGUGCAAUCCUGAUUUUUGGCCCAUCAUUUACAUUACAUAAUUCGUCAAAGUGUCUAGGUAUUAAAUUUUUUUACUUCUGUAAACUCAAAAAUUCAGUUGGGCUGACAUUGUUGGCAUGGAGAUGCCUGGAGUGAAGAAACAUGAACAUAAACAUAAAUUAUAUAUUAGAGGACAAGCGCUAUAAGUGUGUAACAUAAAUACCACUAAAUACUGCUAAAUUAUGCUAAUCCUAUUGUUUUCUAUUGUUUAAUUAGCACUAUUUACUACUAAAUAGUGCAAAGUGUUGCACACUUUUAGUGUUUGUACUCUAGUUAAGCUAAAGACGGAAUUCCACCAUCUUGAACCCCCUUCUGACCAGAGAAUAGAUACAAUGGAGAUUCAAGAUAACAUUGUUUUGAAAUAUGAAUAGGACUCCACACUGUUGAUUGCAAGCAAGAAAAUGUUGCCUUAGUAUCUCCAGAAUCUUUAGCCUGAAGGAGUCACAAUAGAUAUAACAAAUGAGCAGCAUAAAUUAAUUUCCGUGGGAGAUAACCUGAAAAGAUUCAAAAACACUUGAGUAAUGAUGUUAAUUUUAAUUUAUUCAUUUGAAAAGCUGAGGAUUACAAAUAAGAUUAGACUAGAUGAAAAAACAAUGAAGGAACUGUAGGUUUAUUACUCUUUCAAUUAUUAUUACCAGUGGUGCAUUUCGUUUUUAGUAAGUACAUGAAUCUUUCUUUUUGAUGCAGCAGAAGUGAAAAAUUAACCACGGCCAGAUGUAUUUGGUGUUUUUAAAUCUGUCAAUAUACUUAUUUUAGACUAUCGUUACUUAGCACGACGUACAAAAGUAUGACCAGCAAUAUUUUGUAAGUUAAGCUGACACAUUUGGAUGCAAAGCUGGUUGGUUUUACCAGAUAAAGCAUGUAAAUGUGGCCAUACUUUUGUGACCUGUGCUGUCAAAACCAAAUCGAAUUUUAUUUAAUCCUGAAACAAAUUUGGGGCUGACCUAAGUCAGUUGGGAUCAUUUUGACAGAUUUGGAUUUGUAACUAGUUAAUCUAUCUAAUAAUGAAAAUGUGUCCAAUGGUAACUUGUUUUCCUAUCCAAACUACCAGCAUCUUCCAAGAAAUGAUGAUUCUAUCCAUAUUUUACAGCAUUAAUAACUAUUAUGCAUUAGUGAGUUAACUAAGAAACCGUCAGCGAUGUGAGUAGGGAUACAUGUUUGCAGUGAAGCAGAUAUUAUGCAAGUGAGAAAACCCUGCAUACAACAUCUUGGCAAACAAGGUGUUUCAAGCAGAGAAAUUAUAUUAUUAUUGAUCAUUAAAUGUUAUUCGCAUUUAUA